UAAAUAUCUCUCAUCGUGGAUUCUCUCUCCACUUGUGCCAAAAACUCAAGCGUGGGUUGUUGCACUUCACUCGCACUCAAAUUAGUUCCACGCUUUUUCUUUUUCUCUUCCUUCUGUCUGAUUCUAGAGAAAGCAAAAAAAUAAAAAAAUAAAAAAAAUACAGAGAACCGAGACCGAGAUUUUCUCUUGUGAGGUUUUGAUCACUUUCAUUCUAGUUCAACACCGUCUCUUAAUUGCAAAAACAAGUUUUUGUGAAGUGGGGUGGUGGUUUAAGCUUUGAUCCGGGGGACUGGGAAGAUCUCUAGUCUCUUGGAAAUUGGGUCUGUGCAGAUGAAGUCCACUAUGGCUCAGAAUCAGAGUAAUUGGGAAGCUGAUAAAAUGCUUGAUGUUUAUAUUUAUGAUUAUUUGAUGAAAAGAAAAUUACAUGCUGCUGCAAAAGCUUUUGUUACAGAAGGAAAAGUUUCCACGGAUCCAGUAGCAAUUGAUGCACCUGGAGGAUUUCUCUAUGAGUGGUGGUCUGUGUUUUGGGACAUAUUCAUCUCAAGGACAAAUGAGAAACAUUCUGAGGCUGCUGCAGCUUACAUUGAGACCCAGCAAACAAAAGCUAGAGAACAACAACUUCAAAUGCAGCAAUUGCAACUAAUGCAGCAACGCAGUGCACAAUUACAGCGAAGAGAUCCUAAUCAUCCAUCCCUUGGUGGUUCCAUAAAUGCCAUGAACUCUGAAGGAAUGUUGGGGCAGCCACCUGCAAGUGUGUUGGCAAUGAAAAUGUAUGAAGAGCGAAUGAAACACCCUCAUUCAAUGGAUUCAGAGGCAUCUCCAACUCUUAUUGAUCCCAAUAGAAUGGCCUUACUCAAAUCUGCAGCUAGUCAUCAAGGCCAAUUGGUUCAUGGAAAUUCAGGGAAUAUGUCCACUGCAUUGCAGCAAGGACGGGCUCCUUUAACCGCUGACAUCAAAGGAGAAGUUAAUUUAGGCGCCACUCCAAAGAGUUUGCCUAUGGAUACAUCGGUUUAUCGACAAGCAAUUUUACAUUCAAAAUCUGGACUUGGCAGUGCAGGAUUAAAUCAAGGAGUUACAGGUCUUCCGUUGAAGGGUUGGCCUCUAGCAUCUGGAAUUGAUCAACUAAGACCUAAUUUGGGUGUCCAAAUUCCGAAGCCCAAUUUGACAGCCCAGAAUCAAUUUGUUUUGGCAUCACAACAGCAACAGGUCUUGGCACAGGCUCAGGCACAAAAUAACCUUGGAAAUUCUAAUUAUGGUGACAUGGAUCCUCGUAGACUUUCUGGUCUUCCACGAGGUAGCUUAAGUGCAAAGGAUGGUCAGUCUACUAGAAAUGAUGGAUCUAUUUGCUCCCAAAUGCAGUCAGAUUCACCUAAGCAGAUGAAGAUUGCUCAGUCACAACAUUCAUUAUCUCAACAGCAGGAGCAAUUACAGCAGCAGAGUAACAGAAAAAGAAAAUCUGGAGCUGCCAAUAGCACUGGUACAGGUAACACUGCUGCUCCUUCCCCUACUUCAUCACCAUCAACACAUACACCUGGUGAUGGAUUAAAUACAGCAAGCAGCAUGCAGCAUGUCCAAAAGAGCAUGAUGAUGUAUGGUACAGAGGCAACAGGAGGCCUUGCAUCAUCGUCGAAUUUGCUGGACGACAUGGAUCGAUUUGGAGAUGUUGAUGCUUUAGAUGAUAAUGUUGAAUCCUUUCUAUCAAAUGAUGGCGGAGAUGGUGGGAAUCUCUAUGGAACAGUGAAACAAAGUCCGGCUGAGCAACAGAAAGAGUCUUCUAAAGGUUUCACCUUUGCUGAAGUUGGUUGCAGAAGAACAAGGAACAGCAAAGUUACUUGUUGUCACUUUUCUUCAGAUGGAAAGUGGCUAGCCAGUGCUGGAGAUGACAUGAAGGUUGACAUCUGGAACAUGGACACUUUAGAAACAGAGAGCACUCCUGCAGAACACAAAUCAGUUAUUACAGAUGUCCGUUUUAGACCUAAUUCAUCUCAGUUGGCGACUGCUUCAACUGAUAAAUCUGUGCGGUUAUGGGACACAACCAAUCCAAGCCGUUGUCUGCAAGAAUAUAGUGGGCAUUCAUCAGCUAUAAUGUCUCUUGAUUUCCAUCCUAAGAAGACUGAACUUUUCUGCUUCUGUGAUGGUGAGAAUGAAAUUCGGUAUUGGAAUAUUAAUUCAUCCACCUGCACCCGUGUAACUAAGGGAGUUAGUGCACAAGUCAGGUUUCAGCCUAGACUGGGACGUUACCUGGCAGCAGCUUCUGAUAAAGGGGUGUCAAUUUUUGAUGUUGAAUCUGAUACACAAAUUUACACCCUCCAGGGACAUCCUGAACCGGUGAGCUAUAUUUGCUGGGAUGGCAAUGGUGAUGCCUUGGCAUCUGUGAGUUCAAAUUUGGUGAAGGUUUGGAGUUUGACCUCAGGAGGAGAAUGCAUUCAUGAGUUCAGCUCCCCUGGGAACCAAUUUCAUUCCUGUGUUUUCCAUCCAAGUUAUUCAACUUUGUUGGUGGUUGGAGGAAUUUCAUCCUUGGAGUUAUGGAACAUGACAGAGAACAAAAGCAUGACAAUUACUACACAUGAAAAUGUAAUAUCUGCUUUGGCUCAGUCUUCUGUCACUGGAAUGGUUGCCUCUGCAAGUCAUGACAACUAUGUAAAGCUGUGGAAAUAAAAUUCCUGAUUUAGGUUCUAACAUCGCAUAUAUUCUUUGUCAGUAGUACUUUAUAUGAAAGAAAUCAGAGACCUAUAUUGAAAGCAAAAAGGGGUCUCUGAAAGUUUUCUUUUUUAUUUUUAUAUAAUAGUGGCAAUGAGGUUUGAGUCUAUCCAAACCUCAUCACUAGCUUAAUCUUAGUUGGUUUCUCCCACCGUUGAUGUUGUAAUAAGGUAUACUAGACUAUUAGUACAUAAAUAUAAAAACAAUUUUGCUUUUAGAAUCCUAAGCUCUGUCAACUUAGACAUUGCACUAAUCUGCAAUGCAAUUUUUAUUUAUAUGGUUAAUAUAUUUUAUUUGGAUUGUGAGAA